AUGAAUAGCAGAGCAGGUUCCUUUUUAUGGAACUUCAGACAAUUCAGUACUUUAGUUCCAACAAGCAGAACUAUGAGGCUGUAUCCUUUGGGAUUUUCCAGACUGAAAAUUGUUUAUUCAAACUGGAACCCAAGAAACCUUCUCUUAAGUGACUUUGGUAAUGGAGUGCAGUCAUCUAUUAGAUAUCUAUUUCCGGAUGUCUUAAUUUUUAAAUCAGGAGAUAAUUUUCAAACAAAGGGCAUAGGCACUGAAACAGUCCUUACAGUCGACAGACUGCUUUGUCCUAGAAGACUGUCCUUUGAUUCAAAACACUCUCUUGACCCUGAUGAUGGAUUGAAGAAGAUAACAUUUCAUCAGAAGGCCUCCAAUGAAGAUGUGCUCACCAAGGAAACAAAACCAACCCCUGUCAACUAUAAAAAACUAUCUCAGGAGUGUAGUUCUCUGAGUGAUGUGUUAGAUACAUUUUCAGAAGGACCUGUAUUUCCCAGUAGUAACUAUUUUUCAGCAAUGUGGAUAAUUGCCAAAAGGAUGUCUGAUGACCAGAAGUGUGUUGAAAAACAGCUGAUGUUUAACCACCCUGCAUUUAACCAGCUGUGUGAACAAGUGAUGAGAGAAUCCAAGAUCAUGCACUGUGACCACCUGCUGUUCAGUCUUCAUGCUAUGGUGAAGCUUGGAAUUCCUCAGAACACUCUGCUGGUCACUUUGCUGAGGGUGGUCCAGGAACGUAUCAAUGAGUGUGAUGAGAAAUGUCUUUCAGUUUUGUCAACUGUUUUAGAGGCAAUGGAGCCAUGCAAGAAUGUGGACGUUCUUCGAGCAGGGUUACGGAUACUAGUUGAUCAGCAAGUCUGGAAAAUAGAGCAUGUCUUUACAUUACAAGCUGUGAUAAGAUGUGUUGGAAAAGAUGCACCGAUUGCUCUUAAAAGGAAACUGGAGAUGAAAGCCUUGAGAGAAUUAGACAGAUUUUCUGAUUUGAAUAGCCAGCACAUGUUUGAGGCAUUAGCUGCCAUGAAUCACCGCUCUAUUAUACUUCUGGAUGAAUGCAGUAAGAUGGUCAUAGGUAAUAUCCAUGGGUGUCCUUUUAAAGUACUGAUCAACAUAUUGCAGUCUUGCAGAGACCUCCGGUACCAUAAUUUAGAUCUUUUUAAGGGAAUAGCAGAUUAUGUGGCUACAACUAUUGACAUCUGGAAGUUAAAGCAAGUUCUCUUUCUCCUCAUUUUAUUUGAAAACCUUGGCUUUCGACAUACUGAUUUGAUGGACUUGUUCAUGAAGAAAGUGAUAGCUGAUCCUGCUUCUCUAAACAUGAAAAGCAUUAUCCGUAUUCUUCAUGUGUAUUCUUCUCUCAAUCACUUCUACAAAUGCCAAACCUCAGAGUUCCAAGAAGUUAUGGCUACUUCUCUGACUGGUUAUCUCCGCCACAUCUCUUCAGAAAAUCUGUUGAAUGCUGUGUGUUCAUUUUGCUUGAUGAACCAUUUUCCCAUGGCCCUUAUUAAUCCACUUCUCCAAAAGGACAUCAUCAAUGAACUGCUGAUGUCAGGUGACGAGAGGAAUGCUCACAAGCUUCGUAUUUUGGCUGCUUGCCUAAAACUGGAUAUUUCUUGUCACAACGCGGUAGAUUUGGCCCCACCACCGCUGCCGUCCACGGCAUUGUAUCCAAAUGUGAAGGUGGCAGAUGCGCUAAGUAGCCUUCUGGGAGAAGGAUACUUCUCAAAAAACAGACAGUUGCCACACAAUUACCAUAUCGAUUUUGAAGUAAGAAUGGAUAUUAACAGGAGUCAAGUGCUUCCAUUUUCCAACGUGGUAACUUCCGCUGCAGAUACUCAAAGAGUAGCUGUACUGUGUGUUCCUAGAUCUACUUACUGUUUGGAUUUAGCCCACCCCAGAGGAUUCCUUGCUAUGAAAAUGCGACAUUUGAAAGUAAUGGGUUUUCACGUAAUCUUGGUCCGUAAUUGGGAGGUGGAAAGGCUGGAGAUGCAGGAUGUAGUCACACUUUUGAAGACCAGACUCUACUCAGCUGAAGCCUUUCUUACUGCUGAUGUAAAUCUGCAAAGCACGUGUUAA